AGGCGCCAUGCAGGGGGCUCCGAUGCUCCUGCCUUUGCUGCUGUUGUUGCUGUUGGGAUGUUGGUUGAGAGUGUCCUCUGGUGGCGGGGCUGGGGGCGCAGCUGGAUAUGCCCCAGUGAACUAUGUACAACCCAUGCAGAAAGGACCAGUGGGGCCGCCUUUCCGAGAAGGCAAGGGCCAGUACUUGGAAAUGCCUCUACCGCUGCUGCCAAUGGACUUGAAAGGCGAGCCAGGUCCCCCUGGGAAGCCUGGACCUCGGGGUCCCCCUGGGCCCCCUGGCUUCCCGGGGAAGCCAGGCACGGGAAAACCUGGACUCCAUGGGCAGCCAGGCCCUGCUGGCCCCCCUGGAUUCUCCCGGAUGGGCAAAGCUGGUCCCCCAGGACUCCCAGGCAAGGUUGGACCGCCAGGGCAGCCAGGACUGCGAGGGGAGCCAGGGAUACGAGGGGACCAGGGCCUCAGGGGGCCCCCGGGCCCCCCUGGACUUCCGGGACCUUCAGGCAUUACUGUCCCUGGAAAACCAGGUGCCCAGGGAGUGCAAGGACCUCCAGGAUUUAGGGGGGAGCCAGGACCCCAGGGAGAGCCUGGACCCCGAGGAGAUAGGGGCCUCAAAGGUGAUAACGGAGUGGGCCAACCUGGGUUGCCUGGGGCCCCUGGGCAGGCAGGUGCCCCUGGGCCCCCUGGGCUGCCUGGUCCAGCUGGUUUGGGCAAACCAGGUUUGGAUGGGAUACCAGGAGCCCCUGGAGACAAAGGUGAUUCUGGGCCCCCUGGGGUUCCAGGCUCUAGGGGAGAGCCAGGAGCUGUGGGUCCAAAAGGGCCCCCUGGGGUAGAUGGUGUGGGGGUGCCAGGGGUAGCAGGAGUGCCAGGGCCACAGGGCCCAGUAGGGGCUAAAGGGGAGCCAGGACUCCGGGGCCCCCCUGGUCUGAUAGGGCCUGUUGGCUAUGGGGUUCCAGGCAAACCAGGACCUAAGGGAGACAGGGGCCCAGCUGGGGCCCCAGGGCUCUUGGGGGACAGAGGUGAGCCAGGAGAGGAUGGGGAGCCGGGGGAGCAGGGUCCACAGGGCCUUGGGGGUCCACCUGGCCUUCCUGGGUCUGCAGGGCUUCCUGGUAGACGUGGGCCCCCUGGGCCCAAGGGAGAGGUAGGGCCUGGAGGUCCCCCAGGAGUGCCUGGCAUUCGGGGUGACCAAGGGCCUAAUGGCUUAGCUGGGAAGCCUGGGCUCCCUGGUGAGAGGGGACUUCCUGGGGCCCAUGGACCCCCUGGACCAACCGGACCCAAGGGUGAGCCAGGUUUUACAGGUCGCCCUGGGGGGCCAGGGGUGGCAGGAGCCCUAGGGCAGAAAGGUGACUUGGGGCUUCCUGGGCAGCCUGGCUUGAGGGGUCCCUCUGGGAUCCCAGGACUCCAGGGCCCAUCAGGCCCCAUCGGGCCCCAGGGUCUGCCAGGCCUGAAAGGUGAACCAGGCCUUCCAGGGCCUCCCGGAGAGGGAAAAAUGGGAGAACCUGGCUCUGCUGGGCCCACAGGGCCUCCUGGAGUCCCUGGCUCCCCAGGACUCACAGGGCCUCCUGGGCCCCCAGGGCCUCCUGGGCCUCCUGGUGCCCCUGGGGCCUUUGAUGAGACUGGUGUUGCAGGCUUACAUCUGCCCAACGGUGGCGUGGAAGGAGCUGUGCUGGGCAAAGGAGGCAGGCCACAGUUUGGGCUGGGUGAGCUGUCAGCCCAUGCCACUCCAGCCUUCACCGCGGUGCUCACCUCCCCCUUCCCGGCCUCAGGCAUGCCAGUUAGGUUUGACCGGACUCUCUACAAUGGCCACAGUGGCUACAACCCGGCUACUGGGAUCUUCACCUGCCCAGUGGGAGGCGUCUAUUACUUUGCUUAUCACGUGCACGUCAAGGGCACCAAUGUGUGGGUGGCCCUGUACAAGAACAACGUCCCAGCCACCUACACCUACGACGAGUACAAGAAAGGCUAUCUGGACCAGGCGUCUGGAGGAGCUGUGCUCCAGCUGCGGCCCAAUGACCAGGUGUGGGUGCAAAUGCCCUCAGACCAGGCCAAUGGCCUCUACUCCACUGAGUACAUCCAUUCUUCCUUCUCAGGGUUCUUGCUGUGUCCCACAUAACCUGUUGGGGGCGCCCUGCUGCCCUGGCCUCCUCCUCUUUAGUGCUAGAGAGACCUUUCGAGU